UUGAGCAGAUUUAUUUGUUUUGUUUUGGUUAUUGGAUUACAUGGUUCUUUAUUCCGUAAUACCAUGCUUAAAGCCCGGAGAAUUUUUCUGUGCAUUACCAGAUCCUACACUGCCAAGGCCAAGAGGAGUGUUCUGACGCAGGACAAGUCAAAAAUCAAGGAGUACACCCCGAAAAUAACGGAUAACCAUGUGCACCGCGUUUACGUGUGGGGAUUCCAAGAGACCGGAGCAUUGGGUCUCCAAACCAACGUUAAAAAGGCCAAGGAACGCUACACGGAAAUGGUGCAUCAUCCGACCCGCUUACAGUUCUCCAACAAUAAUGAGAUUAUGGAUGUGACUGCAGGUUACGGAUUCACAGUCUAUGCCGUUAAAAGAGAUGAUGGAGAGACGCUUUUUGGAAGCGGAUUGAAUACUGAUUCACAACUGGGCUUUCAAGUAAAGGGGGAUCCCAAGGACUUAGCCAACUUGGAUGUCAUUAUCUAUCCGACAGCUAUAAAACUUCCCCGAAUUCAAGGAGAAACAAAUGAGGACAUGCAGGUGAAGAGCAUUUCGGCGGGAAGAGCUCAUUUGGUGGUCCUCACCCAAAAUGGAACCAUUUUCACUCUGGGAAACAAUUCCUACGGCCAAUGUGGGCGCUCCAUCAUCGAAGAGGAGCGGUAUAGCAAGAGUGCGGUGAUUCACAGAAUUCCCCAGGAGGACAUAUGCGGCAAGGAAGAUGAGGUGGUUCAUGUAGAGUGCGGCCAGGAUCACAGUAUGUUCCUAACCAAAAAGGGACGCAUUUACACCUGUGGUUGGGGGGCAGAUGGUCAGACAGGUCAGGGAAACUAUCAUACAGCCGGACAAAUAACCCUGAUCAGAGGUGACAUAGAAAAGGAGAAGAUUGUGAGACUCAGCUGCUCCUCAGAUUGCGUCUUAGCUCUCAACGAAGCCGGCGAUGCAUUUGGUUGGGGCAACUCGGAGUACGGUCAGCUGGAUGACUCCGAACACGCUGAAACCCAAAUAAACACUCCUAGAGCUCUUAAGCUAACCAAAUCCAUUGGCAAAAUAAAGGACGUGGCUGCAGGAGGAUCCUUUUGCAUGGCUCUCAAUGACCAGGGUCUGGUGUACACCUGGGGAUUUGGCAUUCUCGGCUUCGGACCCUUUGUAGAACAAAGUUCUAAGCCCCAGCAUCUUCUGCCCCCUCUCUUUGGACGGAACGACUUCAGCAACGAAACCACGGUAGUUUCCAUUGGUUGCGGAGUCUUUCACAUGGGCGCCGUCAACUCAGAUGGAGAUCUUUUCAUGUGGGGCAAAAACCGAUUCGGCCAUUUGGGGUUGGGACACAAGAAGGAUCAGUUCUUCCCUUUCAAGGCGGCUAUCAAUGGAAAGGUCACAAAAGUGGCCUACGGAGUGGAUCACACCAUUGCUCUGUGUAAGCCCUACUUCUAGAUUAAGCUGUUAUUAUAUAUAUAAAAUUUAUUUUAAUUUAAAAUAUGUGCUAGUCGAAAAUACGAACAUAAAGAAGGAAAGAAGUUUUUCCCUAAAUCCCAGCUAAUAAAAAACAACUCUUAAAGAUCA